AAGGCCUGGCCUGUGUGUCGCCCUGGAGCAAGAGUUGGCUUUCUGCGGUGGCUACUAUGGCUGGGCACUGCCGGGGCACAGAGCUCGAUCUUAGCUGGAUCUCCAAAGUUCAAGUGAAUCAUGCGGCCGUGCUGAGGCGGGCUGAGCAGAUCCAGGCCCGCAGAAGCGUGAAGAAGGAAUGGCAGCCUGCGUGGCUCCUGAAAGCUGUCACGUUUAUAGACCUUACCACGCUCUCUGGCGAUGACACGUUUUCCAAUGUUCAACGGCUCUGUUAUAAAGCCAAAUAUCCCAUCCGGGCAGACCUCUUAAAAGCUUUAAAUAUGGACGACCAAGACAUCACCACAGCUGCAGUCUGUGUUUAUCCCGCCCGAGUGUGCGAUGCUGUGAAGGCCCUGAAGGCUGCAGGCUGCAGCAUUCCUGUGGCAUCAGUGGCCACUGGCUUUCCAGCGGGACAGACUCAUUUAAAGACUCGGUUGGAAGAGGUCAGGCUGGCGGUGGAGGACGGAGCUACUGAAAUCGAUGUCGUCAUUAACAGGACCUUGGUGCUGACUGGCCAGUGGGAAGCCCUCUACGAUGAGAUCACUCAGUUUCGAAAGGCCUGUGGAGAGGCCCAUCUCAAAACCAUCUUAGCUACAGGAGAACUUGGCUCUCUCACCAACGUCUACAAAGCCAGCCUGGUAGCAAUGAUGGCAGGAUCAGAUUUUAUUAAGACCUCGACUGGAAAAGAAACAGUAAACGCCACCUUCCCGGUAGCCAUCGUAAUGCUGCGGGCCAUUAGAGAUUUCUUCUGGAAAACUGGAAACAAGGUAGGCUUUAAGCCUGCAGGAGGCAUCCGCACUGCAAAGGAGUCCCUUGCCUGGCUCUCUCUGGUAAAGGAGGAACUGGGUGACGAGUGGCUGACUCCUGACCUCUUCCGGAUAGGCGCCAGCUCUCUGCUUUCAGACAUCGAGAGAGAGAUUUACCAUCACGUGACUGGACGACACGCGGCCCAUCAUGAUCUUCCAAUGUCUUAGGUCAGCAGCCAGCCCAGAAAAGCAUCUUGCAACAAAUUGUUCCAAAAAAAAAAGUUUUUGCAUAAUGGCUAAGAUUAUGUAAUUUCAGAACAGUCAACUGACUUCCCCCUCCCCCCUCAUUAAAAUCUCCCCUGAAAUCAACUCAGAACAAUAAAGGAAACAAACCGCUUGACUCUGAAUGCGGAUUCAGAUCAAGGAAGGUUGAAAUGGUCUUCGUUACCAGGAGGUCGCAUUUAUUAAUUUUGUGGAGAUCUCCUCUGGAAAACUCAGAAUAAAAUGUUUCUGAUAGCCUGUACUGCAGAAAAUUCUGAAGGGAAAAUAAAGUGAAAUUGCCUGAGAUCUGAGAUUCUAGGGCAGGCAGGGGUCUUGGAGGGAAGGGUGCUUGUUACCAAACCUGGCACCCUGUUCAGCUCUCAGUAACUACAGGGUAGACAGGGAGAGCGGACUCCAAAGGGUGUCCCUCUGACGUCCACACACGCAUGUCCCCUACCUCUGAUGCAUAAUAAAUACAUUUUUAAAAUGUGAUAAAAAUGAAAAUGGGUGCUAUAGCAAAGGAAGUUGUGCCCCCCUGUGCUGCCUCCCAGUGUGGCGCCCUGCCCCAGGUAUCCACCUGACUCUCUGUGCUGAAGGGAACACUUUCAUUAAUUGUUUUGCUAAUGAGAUUGUGUUGUUGUUGCUAGAAAAUGUGACUAUCACUGAAUUUUUAAAUACAAAAAUCUCUGUGCUUA